AUGGAUCGCCUCAUCGGCGCACGAGGCAUCGAACAGCCUCUUGCCGCCGUCGACGCCGUUCACCGCCAUCACGCCCAGCAUCAACAGCAGCACCACCAGCCAUCAUCGUCACCCUCAAUACCGAAACUCACUCCCUCAACAUACGCCACAGAUGGCUCGUCAUACAAAGAGCUCAAAGAAGCAUGGAUUGCCGACCAAACCGGCAGCUCGAUCCAUACCGUCAACACGCUCGGACUUGUCAUGAUCUUGACGUAUGCGAUUUGGGCCGUGCUUCGUGCGAAACGUAUCCGAUUUGUUGCAGCGCAGCACCGAAGGCAGCCGAGAGAGCUGGGGAAUCCGGUCUUAACGGGGGCUUUGACGGUGCUGGCGAAGCUGUCGGAUCAGCAGCUCGAGUAUCUCAUCCUCAUCGUACCGGCUGUGUGCGCGCACACGGUGUUCGCCCCAUAUCUUUUGGCGACAGAUGGCGCGUUGAUUGCUGUGCUCGUGUUUCUGGUCCGGACAGGCCCGCCAUUGUGGGUCAAAUCACCGUCCUCGGACAAACAGCAGAAACGCCACUGGUCAAAGAAGUACUCGGAGGACGAGGACGAGGACGACGACAAUGACGACGAUCUCGCCGACAACCGCGGAAGCAAUCUAGCCAACGCGCCACUCUCGCCGCCAAAGACAGCCUCGGCUGAGGCAGAGCUACCGUUCCGCGUAUCCAUCGACUCGGCGGCGGAUGCAGCACACGCAGCGGCUGCACCACCCAACUUCUACGACGGUCCCGGAUGUUCCUCGCGCUCAGACGCCGACCUUUCCAUCGACACCUCGAUGAGCACUGCCCCGCAGAGCCCGCUACUGGGAUCAGCGUCCUCACUAUUGUCACCAGACAUGGCGCCUACGUCGUCCUCCUUCCCGUCGCCUACUCGCCGAUCGAGCGAGCUGGUCGCGCUCAAGACAGCACCCAUGCAGCUGCUGCACUCCCGCGAUGGCUCGGAUGCGCAGUCGGCAGUGUCGACGUCGUCUGCGAUGCUGUCUCCGCUCGCGCGAAGUGUGGUCGAUCCAUGGGGGAAAGGGAAGUCACCUUCAGAAGGCGGCAGCAGUUCUACGCAUGACGCAAGCUUGGCAGCAGCGAGAUCGACCGUGGGCAGCGGAGCAGCGAGGCCGGCGGAUCGAAACAUGUUUGUGCGACCGCAACCGUUUCUCACCGUGUACCGCGCGCACAUGAUGCUCGUCACGGUUAUCUCGAUCCUCGCCGUCGACUUUCCUGUGUUCCCGCGUUUUCUGGCAAAGUGCGAAUCGUGGGGGACGAGCUGGAUGGACAUGGGCGUAGGGUCGUUUGUGUUUUCGCUGGGCAUGAUUUCGGCGUUGCCCUUCCUCAAGAGCCCGCGGAACAGAUUCCGGCCGCUCAAGCAGCAGGCAGUUGCCGAUCUACGGAAGAGCCUCCCGCUGCUCGCACUGGGCUCGGUGCGCGUGGUUAUGGUCAAGGGUGUCGAGUACCCGGAGCACGUGAGCGAGUAUGGCGUGCACUGGAACUUCUUCUUCACCCUCGCGCUGCUGCCGUUUGCAGCGACGCUGUCGAGGCCCUUUGCGCGCUACAUUCGGUACAGCGUGCUGGGCGUGGCGCUCACGCUGGUGCACCAGGCGCUGCUCGCCGCCACACCGUGGCAAGCAUGGGCGCUUUCCGACGACCUCCAACGCACCUCGCUCUGGACGCAGAACAAGGAGGGCCUCACAAGCAUGGUCGGCUACCUCGCCAUUUUCUAUAUCGGCUUGGAUCUCGGCCACUAUGUGCUGCCGCUGGAUCCGUACUUUGCGUACCGCAGACUGCGGCGGGGAAGGGCGACGCCGAAGACCGCCAAGCUGGCCAUGGUGUUGGCGAGCCUGUCGAUUGUAUGGUGGUUGGCGUAUGCGGUUGGGUGGGGGGUGGGGUUGCGCGCGAGUCGCAGGCUGGCGAAUGUGAUGUAUGUGCUGUGGGUGGUCGCGUUCAAUACGUCAUUCCUGCUGGGGUAUGUGGUGGUGUACAUGUGGGUGCUCCAGCCCGUCGAGAAGACAGGAGGCGCGGGAGGCGCAGGCCAAGACCCACUUACGCCCACAGUCUUCGAGGAUCUCAACAGGCACUCGCUGACCGUGUUUCUGGCAGCGAACCUGUUGACAGGGCUGGUGAACGUCACGGUCAGGACGAUGUAUACGAGCGACUCGAUGGCGCUGCUCAUCGUGUUGGUGUAUACAAGCGCGUGCUGUGCGUUGGCGAGAGCGCUGACGGUCAGCGGGGUCAGGCUCAAGUUUUAG